AGAAACACUUCUUCUCUUGUCUCUCAAACCCUAAACUUCUAGCAAACCUUUUAGCAAUAAAGUUAUACAAAACCCUAAAUUCCAUUUCCUCUACAUGCAACCAAUCAAGCAAAUAUAUAUAUUUCUUGCAACACAUAGCAAACAACAAACUUUAUUAGCUAGCUAGGUUUUCCUCUUUUUUGUGCAACUUGUUUAGAUCUUCAACUUUUCACAUAUUGUUUUUCGUGUACCAACUUUUUCUAAAAUAUUUGCUUUUUUGGUUUUCUUAUUAGUUUAUUAUAUAAAAGUUUUGAGUUCUAGGGUUUCUGUUAGAGCUGUAAAAUUCUAGGUUUUGCAUAGUAGUUGAAGAAAGAAACAAAUAUAAGUAACUUAUUAAGGACCAAAAAAUUAAAGAAAUGGAAUUAGAAGUGAAUAAAGAAGAGAGUAGUCUACCACCAGGAUUCAGAUUUCAUCCAACAGAUGAAGAGCUAAUAACAUAUUAUCUUGUGAACAAGAUUUCUGAUGCUAGUUUUACUGGAAGGGCUAUUGCAGAUGUUGAUCUUAACAAAUCUGAGCCCUGGGAUCUUCCAGGGAAGGCAAAAAUGGGAGGAAAAGAAUGGUAUUUCUUCAGCCUUCGCGAUCGGAAAUACCCAACUGGAGUGAGAACAAAUAGAGCUACAAAUACUGGAUAUUGGAAAACUACUGGCAAAGACAAGGAGAUAUUCAGUAGUAAAACUUCAGAAUUAGUUGGUAUGAAAAAAACAUUGGUUUUCUAUAAAGGAAGAGCUCCAAGAGGAGAGAAAUCAAAUUGGGUGAUGCAUGAAUAUAGAAUUCGAUCCAAAUCCUCUUAUAGAACAAACAAGCAAGACGAGUGGGUGGUUUGCCGAAUCUUCCAGAAGAGUGCAGGAUUGAAGAAGUACCCUACUAACCAUUCAAGGACAGUAGUUAAUCCCUAUUCUCUAGAGAUCAAUCAAAAUGCAAUAUCCUCACAAAUAAUGAUGCAACCUGAUCAUGGCUUCCAAUUUGCAAUGGGAAGAAAUUACAUAAACCAUGCAUCUAAUUAUAUGAACAAUUUCCCAAUACAACAACCCCAAAUGAAUUACAAUAUCGGAGGUAGUAGUAGUGGUGGUGGUGGUGGAGGAGGAGAUAAUUUUUUUACUAUUUCAGGCUUAAACUUGAAUCUUGGUGGUGGUGCCGCCGCCUCGUCUCAGCCAGUUUUAAGGCCAAUGCCGCCGCCGCCGCCACCACCAACACAAGUUAUGAAUAUUCAACAAGAAGUGAUGACUUCUUCUAUGUUGGAUAAUUGUGCAAUUACAAGUGAGGCAGGUUAUGGGGCAGAAAUGAAUAGUGCAAAUUAUUGUGCUGAUUUAGACAACUAUUGGGCUACUUAUUGAUCAAUAAGGAAGAGGAGUAUGUGUUUAAAUUAUAUUGUUUAGUAUUUGUGUUAGGAACUACUUUUCUUUCUACUUAAUUAGGAAACAAAGUUAUUACUAUAUGUUUAUUGAGGAGUGUUAGUACACCUAUGGCAAAGCCAUCUAGCUAGAGUCUGAAUGAAUGACUUUUAAUUUGUAGCUUUCUUGCUUAACCUUUGUAUUGUAAGAAUUUGAAAUUAGUAGUUCUUGGCCUUUAUUCGCACUUAAACAUUAUA